GACUAGAAAACCACUGAAAAGUCCCAUUUCUCCUCUUUUUACUUUAAAAGAGGUCAUUAUACAGUGGAUGCUGCAUAGGGUCAAUCUCGUCUCUGUGGACAAACCUUCAAUCGGCAACACGGGCAGAAAUCCAGAAAUCUCAACGUUCCUGGAACAACAAUUACACUUUUUUUUUUCCUUAAAUUUUGCAGAAAUAUUUUGCAAAUUAGUAUACAAUUUUCAGAAAAGCCACGCAAAAUAUAGCUUCACGUGCUCCGAUCAAGCGCUGCCGAUAGGGUCCGAUAUUAAUCGCCUGCAUUUGCCAGAUAAUAGCAGUGGCAACCAGAAAAGUAAAGGGACUUCCUUGGGUGCAGUUCCCGUUGGCUAGAGUUUUUCAAGUUGAGGAUGGCUGAAAAAGCAUGUGUAAAGCGUCUUCAGAAAGAAUAUAGAGCUCUUUGUAAAGAACCUGUUUCGCAUGUUGUUGCUCGGCCUGCCCCAAAUGACAUCCUUGAAUGGCAUUAUGUGUUGGAGGGGAGUGAAGGAACACCUUUUGCAGGUGGGUAUUACUAUGGAAAGAUCAAGUUUCCUCCUGAAUAUCCAUUUAAACCGCCUGGCAUCAGCAUGACCACUCCAAAUGGACGGUUCAUGACUCAAAAGAAACUAUGCCUCUCCAUGAGCGAUUUCCAUCCAGAAAGUUGGAAUCCUAUGUGGUCUGUUUCCAGCAUAUUGACAGGACUCCUUUCAUUCAUGAUGGACAAUAGUCCCACCACGGGCAGUGUGACAACUACAGUUGCUGAGAAACGGAAGCUUGCGAAGGCUUCUCUUGCUUUCAAUUGCAAAAAUAUGUGCUAUCCACAUAACAGCGCAACAUUUAGGAAAUUAUUUCCUGAAUAUGUGGAGAAGUAUGAACAGCAGUUAUCCGAGCAGGCUGUCACUGACAAGGUUUCACCAGUGUCCAAUCCAGCAGAAAAUACCAGAAGUUCACUGGGUGAGCAUGAGAACCCAACAAGAGGGGAGAUAAAUAGAAUAGAACCGCCAAAAGAAGUCAAAAACCAGAGGCACUCAUUUCCAACUUGGCUGCUGCUGUUGCUAGUUUCCAUUUUUGGAGUUGUGAUGGCUUUGCCUCUGCUUCAGCCUUGAUUGUCGUGGCGUAAGCGGGGAAACCUUUUUAAGUGUUAAGAGUGGAAAAAUUAGCAUUUAUGCAAAAUGAAUUUACUCUUUAAUACUUGAUGUCUUAGAUUUGUCAUGUAUGUAAGAUGUUUGUAUAGAGGUAGUGCAUACAGUUUAUGGCUGACACGGUCUUCCUUCCAAUUUGGCUGCUGGCCUUUUUUUUUUUUUUAACAAACCAGACAUUUAUGGGAUGUAGUAGCAAGUGGCUCCAGUGUACUGCUGGUUUGGAAGAUUGCGCUUUUUAUUCUGUCGAAUUCCUGGAGGUAAA